UUGUGCAAGAACUUCAACUGGAGACUCUUACUUGCUCAUGUUGACUUCCGGCUGGUUCUCCUUCAGGUUGAGGGUGUGUUGCUUUUGGCUCUGGUGGUGCUGAGCUGCUGGUGUCGCUGGUCCAGGAGCCUCAACUUGCUCUUAAAGUCCCGCAGUGUCAGCAAAAGCGAAACGUCAAAUCCUCCAGGUAUCCUUUAUUGCUCUAUGGGCGUGUUGGAGGAGAGGCUUUCUGGGGGAGUUUCUCGGCGCGCCAACGCAGUCGCAGCCUUGUUCUGGAGAGGUCCAGACGCUCCGAUCCACUCUCUCCCUGAAGGAGCGCCCCCUGCUGGCCGACAGGACAACAACAGCCUGGAUCCACCCAGAAAGAAGAAUGCAGCCGGGGAUCAAGGGAAAAACAAAGGGGGGAGGAAGAAGAAGAGGGAGUACGUACCCCAGAGACGGUCUGGAGGCUACGCUGUUCUGCUCACACUUUACAGAGUGUCUCAGAUCCCAGGCAGCAAAGGCUACAUGUUUAAGAUGGAGCUCCAAGCAGAAGCUCAGCAGCUCUGCGAUAAGUCCUUCUCUGUGCCAGAUCUGGGCAGUAAGUACACGGCCUGGUCUUCAGUGAGCACUCUGAUCCAGAAGAACCUGGUGAUGAAGACUCACAACCCUGCAAGGUAUUCUCUGACAGAAGAGGGUCUGGCUUUAGGGGAGUGCCUUGAGUCUUUAGAGGGAACUAAAGGUCCAGAAGGAGACAGAGAGGAGGCCAGGAGUGAAGGAAACGAGCAGGAGGAGGGAGAAGAAGGUGGCCCGGGGAUUGUGGACCUCACUGUUAGUGAUGAUGACGAAGAGGAGAAGGAAGAGGAGAGAAUACAACCUACAGAGAGGCCGACCUCCUCUGCUUCCCAGCCGAGGGUUCUCGUUCCUGGGAUGUUCUUUUCAGGGAAACCCCGAAAUGUACCGAGCAGAAAGCCAAAGUCCUGGAGUCUCCUUCCCGGCUCCUACGAGAUCAUCCUCUGUGUGGACUUCAUUGAGACAACGGGCGGAAGCAAAAACUGCAAGAAGGAUCUGGUCAAAGAGCUGCAGAGGAACGGAGUGACGUUCGAUGUGAGGAAGCUCAACGUGGGAGAUUUCCUGUGGGUCGCUCGGGAAAAGGUCGCGCCUAUUCCAGGUCAGUUGCGGACCCCCGUUGGCCGUGAGCUCGUCCUGGAUUACAUCAUCGAGAGGAAGAGGAUGGACGACCUGUGCGGCAGCAUCAUCGACGGGCGCUUCAGGGAACAGAAGGUGAAGAAAAUACAUCUUCGUCAACUUGAGUCUUCUCCAUCAAAUUAUUAGUCGUGUACUCCGUUAACCAGAGCCCUGCAUACUGACUUGAAAUGGCUUGUUUUGCCCGACAAAUGGUCAAUAAUCCCAAAGAUAUUUUCAGUUUAUUAUGAUAUGAAAUGUAGAAAUGCAAGAAGAUUAUCAUAUUUAAGAUUAGACAAACCUUUAUUAAUCCCCAUAGGGUUAUUCUAUCGGUAAAGCAGCAACAGGUAUACGAGUGAAACACGGAAUAUAUCAAAUAACAAU